AUGCAAAUUUGUCAUGGAAAUAAGAAAUGUCCACCUUGUUCUCAUAUGAUGUUAACUCCGUUAACUUGUCGUUGCGGUAAAACAAAAAUUAUGCCACCAAUCCCAUGUGGAACACAACCACCACAAUGUAAUUAUCCAUGUCUUAUUAUUCCACCAUGUGGACAUCCACCAGUACAACAUAAUUGUCAUUUUGGAUCAUGUCCAAAAUGUACUUCAUUAACAGAAAAGACUUGUUAUUGUGGUAAAAAUAAAGUAAAAAUACCUUGUUAUAUUGAAAGUGCUUCAUGUGGUCAAAUUUGUGGUAAACCUAUGCCAUGUGGUGUUCAUGUUUGUAAGAGAGUUUGUCAUGAUGGUCCAUGUACUGAGAAUGGUCAAUGUCCAUAUGAGUGUGGAAAGAAAAAACCUUAUUGUACCCAUAAUUGUAAUAGUAAAUGUCAUGGCAAUACUCCAUGUCCAACAACUCCAUGUGACCAAUUAGUUGAAGUAAAGUGUGGUUGUGGAUUUAGAAAAGUUCAAGUGGUUUGUGGAGCAACACCAGAACAUCCAUGGGAAGAUAAAGUACUUGAUUGUAAUGAAGAGUGUGCCAAAGAACAAGAACGAAGAAAGAAAGCACAUUUAGAAGAAAGAAAAGUUGAUUAUCCAUUAUGGAUGUUAUGUUUAUAUGAUGCCUGUGGUAAAGUAAGUAAAGUAUUAGAAAAUACUGUUAUUGAUUUUGCAACAAAUCCAGAACAAAAUACAUUAUCUUUAUUACCAAUGAAUCAAUUAUGUAAUCUUUUAUUGACAUAUUUGUGUAUGUAUUAUAAAAUUAAUGUUAGUACUGGUUUUAUUCAAAAACAAGUACGUUUAAUGCUUGGAAAGAAAGUUGACUCUCCACCAAUAUUAUGUGUUCCAACAGUACACGAUGCAUUAACACAAUAUAAAGAAAUGUUCCAUCCCAAAGAUCAAGAAUAUGAAUUUGUUAUAAAUGUAAUUGUAUAUGACAAUGAACUUAAUGAAAAAACAAUGAUUAUUCAUUUAACUCAAAUUAGUGACAUUGCAUAUGAUUCAAUUGUGAGGUUUUUAAAGAGAAUGAAAUAUAGUUGUAGACAAGUAAGAGUUGAUUGGAGAAAUAUGUUACUAUUUUAUAAAGAUAUUGAUUCAUUAGAGUAUGCAGUAAAUAAUUUUAAGAAAAUGAAAGGUAUUGUUAUUAGAGAUGACUUACUUGUUCCUGAUGAGAAAGAAGAGAUUAAGUUAUAUAAUGAAGAUGAUACAUUAAGUAAUAUUUCGUUGAGAAUAUUAUCAGGAAUGCUUAAUGAAAAGUUUAAAAACAAAAACGUUGUUGGAAAAAUUAUGAUGGAUAUGUCUGCAUAUUCGAGGGACGCUUUGUCCAAUUAUUCUACAACAUGGAAGUAUUUAAAAGAACAAAAAGAACCAACAUUAGAACUUGAUGUUAAAACACCACAAUUCUUUAGUAUGAAAGAAAUGUUUAUUGAGUUUAAGGUGAGUAAAACUCAAAUUAAUCAAAUUGUAGGGUAUCAUGAUCAAAUUCUUUCUUUUGAUAUGAACCUUUAUAUAGGUGCAAGUGAAGAUAAAAGAGUUCAAGUUCAAUGGAAUAAAGAUAUUGGAGAAGGAGGAAAAUAUUUCCAUUUCUUUAAGACUAUUUCUAAUGAAAAAGAAGUUUCUUUAUUAAGAAGAAAGAAAUUAUUUGUUUGGAUAGAAUACAAAAAUAAAGACGUCAUUGGUCAUAGAGCUAAUGUUAAUCUGUAUUUCGAAGCUCGUUUCCUUCCACUAAUUAGUCAAAAGAAAAAUAAACAACCUAAAAAGUAA